CUGGAUUUCAGGUCGGGAGCUCGGGUGGAGGAAUUGAACAAACUCAUCCAAGAAUUCACGAAGCACGACCAGCGGGAAUACGACGACCAGAGAGCGCUGGAGAUUCACACAGCCAAGGAUUUCAUCUUUUCCAUGCUGGGUAAGGAGGAAAAAGGGGGAGGUGUGUGAGUGAUGGGAAGCGGGGUAAGAACCCAUUCCCCCUUCUCGCGCUCUCUUUCCUUCUUGGUUCUUUUCCUGGAGCCGGGUGCCUGGGGCAUAACUCAUCUCUGUUCCGCCUCUUCCCUUCUUUCUCCGCCGCAAGCUGAGCUGCCUUCCCUCCUCUCCUUACUACUACUUUGCGCCGGGUCCCCUUUUUUCCCCCCGAUGGCUGGCUCUUUUGUUAAUUUCUCAUCGGUCGGGGGCUGGUAGGUAGGUGAAGUGUUCGUAGUGAAACGUCUCACGGUUGGGGGACGUCCUUGGAAGCAGCGCGGUCCAGGUGAGACCCUUUCAAUUCAGGAUGUCUCCGGAGGCACGGAGCUGCGCCUUCCCAACGCCGAGUCUCGGGUCCUCUCCUGAGCUCGGGGCGCGGAGACAGCUUGGGGCUCUGGCUCCGCGCCCGAGCGACAAGUUGCUUCUCUAGUCUUGCGGCGCGGCGCUGUCACGCCGAGCCCCCGGUGGCCAAACUUGUUGGGUGUUCCCUAGUAACCCGCUAAAGUAGGCUGGGCGCCCGGUGUUCCUGCAACUUUGAUUUGCAAAUCCACUUCCCUUUGAAGCGUUCGGAAGCAUUUCCGGUGCUUCUCUAGGGUUCUUGCUGAGCUCGGAAUUCCUAAUUCCCAGCUCGAAAAUGACCAGGCUCAGAGCUCACAUCCCAAGGAGCGCCAGCCGCCUCCUCUUUGUGUGUCGUCCACGCGCUGGCCGAGAGAGGUGCCCUGAGUUUCGAAGCUGGGAGACGUCGGGGGAUAGAAAAUAUGACGCCCACUCUCACCCCCAGCCCAGCACCUACAGGUCUUUAGACAGAUUGUUGAAUGAUGUGGAAAGGAAAAUAAUUGAGUCAGGGAGACCGAACCCGUCCUUAGCUGUCCUGUCGUUCGGAUUAUUGCAACUGAGAUGUAGUACGACUGUCCGCUGCUGGGAGCCUCCAACAUCGAUUGCGGCUGCACCAGCGCAACCCUGGCCGGCGUGCGGUACGUGGCCUGGCCGGUCACAUUCCGCAGAACCGGGACUCCAGUGUGGCGCUGCCCCAAGGCAUGUCUCUGUGCGCUCUACACACACAUCCUCAGCCCAUUUUCCAGGAAUGGUGCAAAAGCUGGACCAAAAACUUCCAGUGGCCAAUGAGUACCUGUUGCUCUCUGGAGGAGUCCGGGAAGGCGUGGUGGACCUGGACUUAGAUGAGCUUAAUGUCUAUGCCCGGGGGACCGACUAUGAUAUGGACUUUACCCUUCUGGUGCCAGCCCUUAAGCUACAUGACCGUAAUCAGCCUGUGACACUUGAUAUGCGCCACUCAGCCUUGUGUCACUCUUGGCUGAGCCUUAGGCUCUUUGAUGAGGGGACGAUCAGUAAAUGGAAAGACUGCUGCACGAUUGUAGAUCACAUCAAUGGUGCCACCAACUACUUCUUCUCCCCAACCAAAGUGGCUGACUGGUUCUAUGACUCCAUCAGCAUUGUCCUAUCAGAGAUACAGAAGAAACCCCAGCGAGGGAUGCCAAAGGUGGAAAAGGUAGAAAAGAAUGGGACCAUCAUCUCCAUCAUUCUGGGUGUGGGGAGCAGUCGCAUGUUGUACGAUAUUGUCCCUGUGGUGUCUUUUAAAGGUUGGCCCGCAGUGGCUCAGAGCUGGCUCAUGGAGAACCACUUUUGGGAUGGGAAGAUCACCGAGGAAGAGGUCAUCAGUGGGUUUUACUUGGUGCCUGCUUGCUCCUACAAGGGUAAGAAGGACAACGAAUGGCGGCUGUCCUUUGCCAGGAGCGAGGUGCAGUUGAAGAAGUGCAUCUCUAGCAGCCUCAUGCAGGCCUACCAGGCCUGCAAAGCCAUCAUCAUUAAACUCCUGUCCCGGCCUAAGGCUAUCAGUCCCUAUCACCUGCGCAGCAUGAUGCUCUGGGCCUGCGACAGACUUCCUGCCAACUACUUGGCUCAAGAAGACUAUGCAGCCCACUUUUUGCUGGGCCUCAUCGAUGACCUUCAGCACUGUCUGGUCAACAAGAUGUGCCCCAAUUAUUUCAUCCCUCAGUGCAACAUGCUGGAGCACCUGUCAGAGGAGACGGUCAUGCUCCACGCGCGGAAGCUCUCCUCGGUCCGCUCAGACCCGGCCGAGCACUUGCGUACCGCCAUUGAGCACGUCAAGGCAGCCAACAGGCUGACGCUGGAGCUCCAGAGGCGAGGGAGCACCACCAGCAUCCCCUCCCCGCAGUCCGACGGAGGGGACCCCAACCAGCCUGACGACCGUUUGGCCAAAAAACUGCAGCAGCUAGUGACUGAGAACCCGGGGAAGUCCAUCUCUGUCUUUAUUAACCCUGAUGAUGUCACAAGGCCUCAUUUCAGAAUUGAUGAUAAAUUUUUCUGAGCGUUUUACUGCCUUUUGUUUUUUUUCCUGGUUCUGAAACUCUCAUAAAGUCUCGUGUGGUUUGUGACGCUGUCUUUCCGUUUUUUACGUAUCCAGCCUAGAUUGGAUCUGUUAAGAACACCUUUUAAGUUUCCUGGUUCUGCAGGCUCUGAAACAGUAUAUUACUAUUUCAUAUUCUGCCUCUGGUUUUGUCGUUUACUUUUUGUAGUUAUUGUCACAAAGUUUGUUUUUGUUUUUGCUUUUUAAGGAGAACUUGAGCCAUAGAUGGAAAUGCCCAUGAAUUCUCUUCUUUUUUUCUGUUUCAUACUUUGUGCAAAUUUGUUAAUGAGGAUCGGGAAAUGAAUCUCUGACACUUCAAGAUUCUACUGUUUUUUGUUUUGUUUUUUGUCCUUAUUUUUGUAGUGAGCUGUCAUCACUACAGAUAUUUGAGAAUCAUCUGAACCUAAGAACUACCUGGUAUGUUAGCUGGAUUUCUUUCUUUUGACCAGUGCCCAGAGCAUUUUUACCCCUUUCCACCAAACAACGUAGACUUUGAAAGUCAUAAUGCUACAAAGUGUGUUUUGGAGCAACUUCAUUGAAUGUAAUUGUCCUCAACUCAGAACUUCAGAUGGUUUGGACGGUGCGUUUGACAACUUUCCAAACAGAAUUAAGGUUUCCAAAUGGUAGUUUUAGCGUGUGUAAUGAUUUGAAGCCUUAUUUAAAUCCUAUUAAAGAACAUACCAUUAUAAUUGUUAUUUGCACUAAUGAAAUCUUUGCCAUUGUCAGAGUUCCAAUGUAUGUGUUUCAAUAUAAAUUGACAUCCACUGUUGAAAUGUUGUCAUUUUUUCAUUUAGCCCAUUUCUCUCAAUCAAUAGAAUGAUUCUUUGCACUUGUUUAGUUCUCCUUUAAUUGUGGGGUCCUGUUUUGCCCUCUUAGAUAUUCCUGGUUCCUGUCUUACUGAGAGAAGUUUUUUAAGCUUUAAACCUGCUAAGUGACUUCAUCAGAAGCUGGGGAAAAUAUAUACUUGAUAGAGUAGGUGUGUUUGUGUUUAUUUCUUUUGGGGUUAUAGAAGUAAGCUUUUUUGUAAAGUCUCUUUGCUUCUACUGAGAGUUUUGAGGAAAACUGGCAGGAAGAACUUAGAAUCGCCCAAUAGAAGAUACCAUGCCUGUUCAAAGGCAGGUUUUGCUAUAGAGCAGGAACCAGAACAUAUCUGUGGAUGGGCCUUGGUGUGGAUCUGUCCUGUCUUCAUGAAUGAAUUUACUUGCCAGGCUUAGGUGCCACCAGGCAUUGGCUCCCUGUUUUGGUACAGACUCAUGGCAAACUGUGGUGUUUGAGAGAUCGGGGGCCUGCCGAUAACUCAAAUGAUGCCCAUGAUGUCUACUAUUGGGAAGGUCAAGCAACAUUUUGAUUUGGAUCUUGAAUGUCCAGACUCACAGGUUGGAUUUUGGCCAAUUGAAAUCAGGCAUAUGCGAUCUUGGGUUAUUGCAUGGGAAUUAAUGUAAUGCUUAUAAAUGAAAAUGAAAUCAUUCAACCAUCUUAAGUCAAACACAAAAAUAAUAAUAAAAGAAACAUACUGGCCUUGGAAUUUUGUUGUUGCUGUUAUGAGUUUGUAAUCUGGAAACUACUUUUUUGAUUAGUAAUACCAAUAGUAAUUUUCAGUAAAUAUAGCCCUGGGGUUGCUCUGGUCUUUUAGGCCAGAUCUCCAUGUAGUGAACAUCCAGUAUUCAUUCUUCCCUUUUCCCAAUUUUCCUACUAGUAUCUGCCUAUCCUCCACAUAAUCUGUGUCCUCCUUGGGAAAUGACUUCACCCUCAGUUCCAGUUGUGCAUCCUGAUUGGUGUAAGCCAGGUUUCAUAACCAUUUCCCUGGCCACAGUCAUUAAUUAGGGAUUGGGCAUAUGGUGUAAGCUGCUCCAAUGACGGCCAUGCUCAGGAUUCUAGCUUGGAAUGCUGGGCAGCAGGCACUCUGGAAAUGGAAGAUGAAGCACUUAGCCUCUAUUGCUACUGACAGCUGUCACAUAAUCAUGAGCAGAGCUAGCUUUAGGAUGAAACUAACAUUGGGUGGCACGAUGAUGGAGAAAUGGGAAAGAAAAACAUGAGCCACCAGAUGCCACCCUCUCCUCCCAAAUCUGAGACCACUCCUCCCACUGGACUUUCUAGUUAAAUGAGUCAACACUUAGUUCUUUUAGCCAAUUUGGAUUUCGUUCAACUUAUCAAAAUAUUUAAACUGGUAUACCAAACUAUUUCAGUGUAUUUAAACUAUUUCACUUGUUGUCUGUCUCUUUUCUUUCUGGGAUAGGUGUCCAGGAUAUCUAUAUAGUUUAUAUAAGAGCUGGUUUAUACUGUCUAAUUUGAUUAAUUCACAAGAAUAUCAUAAUCUUUAUGACUAAUAAAUAUACACUUGAUAAAUUCUGUUAAAGUUUAUUAUACUUUGACCAUUAUGUUAAACUUCACAGGUUAAAAGAACUUGUAGAAGCCACUGAAGUAGCAAGCAUAUUCAAACAGCUGUUGCUAUUUGUUGCUAAAAAAAAAAGAAAAAACAGAAAAAAUAAAGUCAACUAUAAACUGCCAAAA